AUGGUGGGCGCACAGGCGAUCACAGGAGCCUUCAGCAAGGUGGCUACAGCAGUGGCCGAAGCAGAGGCCAGUAUCCAAACAGUGCAGGAACGACACACUCAAGCGGCAAGAAGCCUCUGGGUCAACGGUUACGUCAAGGUCGUUGGAAGUGACCAUUUAUCGACUACAACUGCAGUGCUCAAUCUUGGGGCUGUUUACAAGGACCAAGGAAAGCUGAAGGAUGCAGCCAGGAUGCUGAACUGGGGCCUUUCGGGCCUCGAGAAAGCGCAUGGCAUUGCUAAUAAAAGGACUAUAGAGACAGCAAAACAGCUCACCGCACUUUACAUGAGAGAACGCAACUUAGGAGAGGCUCAAAGGGUAUGCGCGAAGGCUUUAAACGGCUCUGAGACGACUCUUGGUAAAUGUCAUGAAGGAACCCUUGCUGCGGUUCUGGACAUGGGAAUCAUACAUAGAGACCAGGGCCAAUUCAAAGAGUCCGAACAGAUGCUUCAACGGGCCUUUGACGGGUACCAACAGACUAACCAUAAUCUGCUUCCCCUGGUUCUGAACGCCCUAGGCACUGUCCACGCCCUUCAAGGCAAUUAUGACAAAGCUGACGAGGAGUACGAUUGGGCAACUGAGUGUCUAAACAAGAAGGAGGAGCGGGAUGAGCUCCUAAAUCUUAUCGUGACGUACAAUAAGGGAAAUGUGCUUCAAGCUCACGGAAGGCUAGAAGAAGCGGAGAAACACUGCGAAAAAGCACUUGAGGGUUUCCAAAACUUCGCUGGCCACAGGCACUUGACAACAAUG